UCGGUGAGCAUUCAUUCACUCGGAGAUUGGACAAAAUGGCAGGCGCACCAGAGUGGCUGACCCACGACUACCUAGAGCAUGCUCUGCGCUCCUACUACAAAGAUGAUCAGCUAAAGAUUGUCCAGCUGCAAAUAAAUCCCGCCCUGGGUCCUGGGGAAAACUAUGGCGGUGUUCUGACCAGAGCCCGCAUACAGUUUACGCUCUCUAAGAGUCCAGCGGAGGAGCAGCUGCAGAACCUCAUUGUGAAGACGGCCAUCGACGACGAUGAGUUUAGCCAGGAGCUACAGGCGCCCUAUGACAUCUUCAAUCGAGAGAUGAACAUCUACGAGAAUGUGCUACCCAAGCUAAACGAUCUUCUCCAGGAAAUGGGCGACACUGAGCCUCUCUUUCCCACCGCCAUCUAUGUGGAUCGCGAGCGUACGGCGAUCCUCUUUGAGGAUCUCUCUGUGGCUGGGUAUGUGAUGGCCGAUCGUGUGCGACUCCUGAACGUGGAGCAUACGCAUCUCAUACUGCGCAAGCUGGCCAAGAUGCAUGCCACCUCGGCGGUGCUGAACGAGCGUCAGUCCGGCUGCCUGGAGAGCUACGAUCGUGGCUUCUUCAAUCGUUAUACGAACGGCUAUAGCGGCUACUUUGUGGGUGGCCUUCUGGCCGCAGCCCGCUGGAUGAGUCAGGUGCCAAAGCUGGCUGAUUAUGGUCAGAAGCUCUUUGAGCUGGCGCCUCACUACAUGGACAUUGGCAGAAAGUGCUUUACCCCCACGCCGGGACAUGUAAAUGUGCUCGCCCACGGCGAUGUGUGGACCAACAAUGUUAUGUUCAAGUAUGAUCCCUCCACGGGUCGUCCCCUGGAUGUUCUGCUCAUCGAUUUCCAGUACUCCUUCUGGGGCUCGCCCUGCAUCGAUCUGCAUCAUCUGUUCAACACGUCGCUGAAGGAGCCACUGCGCCGCGACCAGCAGAGCGGUCUCUUCCAGUUCUAUCACAACAUCUUCACCGACACCCUGCAGAAGCUCCACUACAGCCAGAAUCCCAUACCCAAUCUUCACGAUUUCAAGCUGCAAACCGAACAGAAACGUUUCUUUGCUAUGCACUCCACAGUGGUUGUGCAGCCAGUGAUGAUCAGCACGGAUCCCACAGAUGCCUGCUUCAAUGCUCUGAUGAACGAUGAUGAGCGUGGCAUUCGCUUCAAGAAUCGCCUCUACCACAAUCCCAAAGUGCAGGACAACUUGAAGGCUAUGGUGCCAUUCUUUGAUAGGAAAGGACUGCUGGAUGUGGAUCAGUGCUGUUAGGCACAGCUGCUUACUGUGCUACUCCUUUCCAACUUCUUUUAGAUUAUUAGAUCUGUAAA